AUGGCCGGCUCCCCGCCCGAAUCGCCCUCGGGCGUUCCACCACGGCCGGUGAGCGCAAUGAUGCGUCCCCCAAGGACCACGAGUCGCAUGAGUAUGACAAGUAAGGCCGGUGGCAGUCGAGCCUCGGACGAGGACAGCAAGACGUCCGUGAAAGUUGCCGUUCGCGUGCGACCGCCCCUUAACCCAACUGAUCCCGGCUUCGAACUCAUCCCACAAAGAUUUCAGCGGUCGAUGGUCCAAGUAACUUCGCCCACGAGCCUGGCUGUCGACUCUCCACAAGGACGGAAACUCUUUGUGUUCGAUAGGGUGUUUGGCCCGGAUGUCAACCAAGAAGGCGUCUGGGACUACCUGAUUGAGAGUACAAAUGCCUUUGUGCAAGGCUACAAUGUUUCGCUGCUGGCGUAUGGCCAAUCCGGCGCAGGAAAGUCGUACACGAUGGGAACAUCUGGGCCGGGCGAGCAGGCCGAUAUGGAUGUCAUGGGUGUUAUCCCCCGUGCUGCAACCGCACUUUUUGAGAAACUCGAGGGUCGCCCAGCAGUCAGCAACCGAAACUCUGGAAUCCGGACUCCCAUGCGGUAUUCGAUGAACGCUGCUGCAAUUAUGUCUAAAGCUACCGAGAAGAAUUGGACACUGAAGGCAACUUAUGUGGAAAUUUACAACGAGCAGCUGCGAGAUCUGUUACUUCCAGAGAAUACGCCCGCAAAUGAAAGGGGCCAGGUCACCAUCCGAGAAGAUACGAAGGGUCACAUUUUCAUGACGAAUUUGCACCAAGUUGAGAUCCACACCGUGGAAGAUUUGAUGCGCGCCCUGAACUUUGGAUCCUCCAUCCGUCAGACUGAUGCUACAGCUAUCAACGCAAAGUCAUCGCGGUCACAUGCCGUCUUCAGUUUGAAUCUUGUCCAGCGCAAGAGCAAGCUGCAAACCGCCCAGGGUGCGGAAAAACGGUUUUCGGUUCCGCUGGAGGCUAUGACGGGCGGAGACACCAUGGUUACAAUCGAUAGCAAGUUUCACUUCGUGGAUUUGGCUGGAAGUGAAAGAUUGAAGAACACCGGUGCGCAGGGCGAUCGAGCCAAGGAGGGUAUCUCAAUCAAUGCUGGGCUGGCCAGUCUGGGCAAGGUCAUCUCUCAGCUAUCUUCCCGGCAGGCUGGAUCUCACGUGUCGUAUCGUGAUUCCAAGCUCACUCGAUUACUGCAAGAUUCUUUGGGCGGCAACGCAAUUACGUAUAUGAUUGCUUGUGUUACGCCGGCGGAAUUUCAUCUGAGCGAGACCCUGAACACCGUCCAAUACGCACAACGGGCUCGGGCUAUCCAAAGCAAACCCCGCAUCCAGCAGGUGUCAGAUAACGAGGGCGAUAAACAGGCGCUGAUUGAUCGUCUGAAGGCGGAGGUUGCGUUCCUGCGGGAGCAAAUUCGGAGCACCGAGCGCGGUGGUGAUCGCCGAACUGCUACGAUCGAGAGGCCUGAGCGUCAAAAUGAACGAGAGAUGGAACUCCAAAAUCAACUUCUCGAUACCCAGGAAAACUAUACAACGCUCAGUCAGCGACAUGCAAGGCUCAUUUCGGAGAUGGCCAAGGCCCGAGAUGGUGAAAUCGCGGAGAACGAAAAUUUAGAGCAUUCUCUCGGCGAUAGCGCAACAGAGCGACUAAAACGGUCAAACUCGUUUGCCGAAGCCGUGGAGCAGGUGGUUUUGGAAUACGAAAAGACAAUCCAAAGUCUCGAGCAAUCCUUGUCUAGCACGCGGGGAUCUCUGUCGAACACGGAGACCAUCCUAUUGGAGAAGGAAACCAAGUGUGCAUACGUCGAGACUGUCAACCAACAGCUGCAGGCACGCCUCCAGAAGCUCAUUGAUCGAGAAGCCAGCACUGAAAACUAUCUUCAUGAUUUGGAAGCGAAGCUUGAUGGUCAUACUUCCGGCGAAGAGAAGAACUCCGCAAUUAUCAUGGAGCUCCGCAAAGAGAUUGCCCGCGUUCGUGAGAAUGAAGCCAGCUGUGAGGACUACAUAUCGACGCUUGAAGAACGACUCGCCGAAGCAGAUCAAGACGCCGAAUUAAUGCAACGUGAAAUCGAUAGACUGGAGCAUGUUGUCGAACGCCAACGAAGUUUGGGUAAAUUAGACAACCUACUCUACGAGCUGGACCACAUCCAACAGGAUGACAAAGCCUCUGGGGCUGAAACCGUCCAUGUUAACGGCACCAGCAAGCGGCCGGUAAUAGACCAUUCUCGACAUCAGAGUUUUGCGAGCAGACGGAGCAACAGGGAUGCUAUCCCCGAAGAGGAUGAUGCUCAAACUGAUGCCAUGUCUGAACACGCUUCACGAACUGCAGAUGAGGGACCAGUUGAUAACGGCGAGCCCAUUGGUGAGGAGUUUGACGAGGCUGCAGCUGAUCAGUACCCUCCCCAGAGCCCUGCCCAGACCAAAUUUGUGGAGGAUAAACUGGAAAAUGUCACACAAGAGCUCUUUGAGCUCAAGGUGGAGCAUGAAUCUACUGUGGAGGAUUUCGAUAUCCUUCAGGCUAAGUACGAUGAGGCUCUCCGUACCUUGGCCGAACUUCAAGACGCCGUCGAUGAAGCUCGCCAUACUGUAAAGCGUGAUUCAAUCUUGUCUGUAUCGUCACCGAUCCAGACAAGGCCUACAUCUUUUUUAGCAGACGCGAGGGUAGAAGGACUAAAGGAUGGAGGACAAUAUUCAUCCUCGCGUUCGCUCUCAUCGGAAUUGUCCUCGGCAGGGGAGUUGCCCAGUACAUUGGAAAUAUCUGAUGCUGAAGUCGCGAACAAGAACUCAGAGUCACAAGAGGCGACAAGGAAUAUCGCAAAUGACGAGGCGAUAGCAGCUGAGCUCGAAAGCCUGCGCCAGCUCGCAGCAGAGAAGGAGCAAGCACAAAAGUUGUUGGUUGAGAAACAUGCCCAGCUGGAGGAAGAACAUAUGGAUGUUCUUGACUUAGUAGAGGAGCUCAAGGCCGAGGUUUCCAAGGCCAAGAUGAACCCGCCCAGCUCCCCACGAGCAACCACGCCGGUGAUUCGUCGCAAGUCAAGCCAGAAUGUGAUGAUUAUUGACAAAGCACAUCGCGCAUUCGCUUCUCUGCGAAAUAUUGCCACGGAGAACUUCGAGACAAGUCCAGACGUCAUGGCAAAUUUCGAGCUGAACCUUAACACUGCGAUGCAUGAGCUGCACUCUCGGUCAGAGAGAGUUCAAGAACUAGAGGCCGAUAUCACUGCCGUCAAGAAAGAGAUGGAGAUGAAGAUGACCAUAAUUUCCGGUCUUACUCGAGAACGAUCUAGCAUGAAAGCAUCGCCUAUGGACAUGACUAUGGUUUCUACAAUGCGCGACCAGAUAAUGCAAAGCGAGAAUCAAAUGCGAAUAUUGCAGGAGACACAUGGUGCCCGAGAAAAGGAGUUGUUGGAUGAAGUAGAGGGGCUCCGGGCGGCCAUCGAUGCUCAUGCCGCGGCCUCCAACGAGGACAAGGAUAUCGCUCAGCUACGAGAUGCAGAAAAAGCAACCCAAGACAAGAAGCUAGGUGACCUAGAGGCUGAGCUGGCCAGCUGGGAGGAGAGGCACCAAACUGCCUUAACCUCAAUGCAGACUUCUGAGAAGACCCUCUUAGCGACUGUUGCAGACCUCGAGAAACAGAUAUCGACCAUCGAGGACAACCGGCAACAACAGGUAGCUGGUGAAGAGAAUGAGCUUAUCAGCAACCUGCAAAAGGAGGUUGAUGAACACAAGGCAUCAGUUGCAGCUAACGCCGCUCGCGUAGCUGAGUUGGAACAAUCGCAUGCGGCAGCACUAGAGCAGGUUGAUGAUGUUAUUAAGUCGAGAGAUAUAGCACAUGCGGAGAAAGAAGAACACCAAGCCCUUGUUGCGAAGUUGGAGCAGCAUAUCGCUGAGCACGAAACUGUCGUCAAGACUCAUCAGGACGGAUUAGUCCUCUUGCAAACAAACCACGCCAAGGAGAUUGAGACAGUGAAGGCGACUAUCGACGCUGAUCAUCAGACUCUUCUUGCCGAAAUCGAGUCCAAACAUCAAGCAAGCGUUGAAUCUCUUAAUGUUGAGCUUACUGAAGCCCGCGAUGACCUCACCAAGAUUGCUACUCAAGUUGCAUUUGCGCUUGGCGUUGAUGUCAGCACUGAGAAGCUGCAAGAGAGAAUCGCCGACCUACUCGAUGACCAGAAACUAUUAGCUGAUGAGCAGAAGAAGAGUGGUGAGCUAGAGCAUCACGUGACUGAACUAUCCACCAUCAACGAUACCGUGAUGAAUGAACUCGAGACGGUAAAAUCAGAUCUUGCAGCAUUGGUUGUUGAGACAGUAGACGGGGAUAAGCUGAAGGCCGAACACGCCACUGUUUCAGAGCAGCUCAAAGCAUUGAAGAAGGAGAUGACCGAUUUGGAAACCAAGAACAAGAAGAAUUCGCGUCUUGUCGAUGAGCUUGAGGAACAACUAGCUUCGAACUUUGACCAGCACCAGAUUGCCAAUAACCGUUUCUCUACCUUGCAAUCGGAGCGCAAUCAACAAUUGGACGAAGCGAACACUAAGGCGAUUCGGUUCCAGUCGGAACUCGAAGCCGUCAGGGAAGAAUAUGCCACGCUCCAGGCCAAAUUCGAAGAAGCUCAACAUGAAUCUUCAAAUGUUCCGAAACGGUCAAACUCCGCAACAUCGGGCCUACGCAAGUCUGCAUCCGUCGCAUCAUUACCAUCGCCUCCACCCGCGAUUCCAUUGCCUCCUCUUCCUGGAAGUAUAAACACUACCAUCUCACCUACAAAUGCCGCUGGUGUUCCGGUUCCACAAACACCCACCCAAGGCAACCGACCUACUAGCAAUGACCUCGCUAUUUCCCAAAUCCAAGAGGAUCAAGAAGCUCGCAUUCGGACUAUCGAGAAGCAUCUCUCCGCUGAGAAGCAGCUCACAACGACUCUUGAAGAGGCUCUUACAGACUUGGAGCGACAGAGCAACAAGGUCAAGGCUGAUUGCGACGCUUGGCGCAAACGGGCCAACGAGCUUGAUGCAGAGCUGAAGCAGGCAAAAGAGAAAGAAAAGAACGGUGACGCCGACAAAGAGAACCGGUGGAGCAUGAUGCAGGUCGAGGAAGAGCGAAAGAAGAGACGAGAUGCCGAAAUUGCACGCGCUCAUCUUGAAGAGCGGAUGAACGCCAUCAGCAAGAAGAAGAAGAAGGGGAGCUUAAACUGCUUCUAA